AUUUUUAUAGAAAUAUAACAAUGUACUGGCAUUCUAAUAACAAAAAUUGGUAAUGGUGAAUGGCUGCAGCGGCAUGGAGUCGGAGGAGAAUAAGAAGAAACUGAACGAUGACCUGGUGGUGUUCAUGCGCAAACGCAGCGAAACUGACGCGCCGCAAUACACCGCCAGGCUCAAAACUUAUGUCAACUUUAAACAGAAGCAUCGAAGGGCAGCGGCCGCGCGCCGUCACACUGACUACAGAAACAAUCAAGACGGCUCUGCAACGAAGAAGAAGAACAAUACAGAGCCGAAUGAGAAGUCAGUCGACAGCACGCAACCUCCAGCUACGGAUGUUAAUAAAAGGCGUAAUGGCGAGAAAUAUGGGCAUAAGCCGCGGUCGCUGUCUCGGUCUCACACUGCCGAGCCUGUAGACGCGUGCUGCAGGCGCCGGCGACGUGCGUGUCGGAGACGAAGGCGAUCCUGUCGACGUCGUAGCCGUCGUCGCCGCAGACGCAGUUGUGGGCGGCGGCGCCGGCGCAGUCGCAGUCGCCGCCGACGGCGCCGCAGCUGCCGCCGGCGCAGACGUCGACGUCGUCGUUGUCGCAGAUGAUUACCACAGGCUCGAUGGAAUAGUAUAUUUUUAUGAAAAAUUUAAAUGAAAGUUUCAUUCUGUAGAACAAUAAAUUAACACAAUUAUUCCAGAAACGUCUAGACAGAAUUUAAUUUUUUUUAAUUCAUUGAAAACUUCAGUACUAUAUGUUUUUGAUACUAUUGUUAUUAUAUUCAAGUUGUGUUUG